AUGGCAUCGUUCGUGGCAAAAGUUGUAACCCGGUGCGAAGAGGCAUUAGAAACAAAGAAUUUAAAUCUUUCGGAAUGCGAACUGAUCCAGGUGCCCGAUGCAGUGUACCAUCUGAUGAGACACACCGAGCUGAAGACGUGUGAUUUGAGCAGCAAUGUGAUUACGAAGAUAUCUCCCAAAUUUGCUGUAAAGUUCAGCUUCAUCACAGAUCUCAACUUGUCCCACAACCAGAUGGCCCGACUACCGGACGAGCUGGCCGAUCUACACUCGCUGGAAUUGUUGGACAUUUCGCACAACUCCUUCAUCACACUGCCCGCCGUAGUUUUCAAAAUGCCGAAGCUGCGCGAACUGAAAGCCAACAACAACGCCAUCAUCGACAUCGAUCGGGACGAAAUAAUCACGUCCGAAUCGCUCGAGGUGGUCGAUCUGCGGCACAAUCCGCUUACCCCGAUGUGUCACGAUCUGCUCAAGCAUGCCGUCGUUACGUUCCGGAUCGAGCUGUCCGAGCGGGAGAAGGAGGAUUGGGAAGAUUUGACGAUUUGA